AUGGCUUGGGAUCAACUUGAAAUCGAAACUCCGCAUGUCGCUUAUGCCUGUGUGGGGAUAUUUUGUACUUUGUUCUCCUUGGUGUCGUUAUUUGUUAAGGAACGAUUGUAUAUCGGUGAAGCAACGGUGGCUACCAUAGCUGGCUUGAUCUUAGGACCACACUGUCUUGAUUGGUUUUCCCCGACAAAAUGGGGCAAUUCAGAUUACAUCACUUUGGAAAUAUGUCGAAUAGUUUUGUGUAUCCAAAUCGUUGCCGUGGCAGUCGAGUUGCCGAGAAAGUAUAUGAAAAAGCAUUGGGUUUCGGUUUUUAUAUUUUUAGUACCAGUAAUGACUACAGGUUGGCUAGUUGUUGGACUAUUUAUUUGGUGUUUAAUCCCGCAUUUUGCAUUCAAGGAUGCACUAUUAGUAAGUGCGUGCAUUACUGCUACUGAUCCAGUUUUGGCAGCUGCCGUUGUUGGUAAAGGUAAAUUUGCUGAGCGAGUCCCUGGUCACUUACGUAAUAUACUAUCUGCAGAAUCAGGCUGUAAUGAUGGUAUGGCAUUCCCAUUCAUAUAUUUGUCUUUAUACUUGAUUACCUAUGCAGGAAACGCAAGAGAGAUUGUUAAAAACUGGUUUGUUUUGACUAUAUUAUGGGAAUGCUUUUUUGGAUGCUUUUUGGGAGUCGUCUUGGGCUACGUUCUUCGGAAAUUGGUUGCAUUUGCAGAACAAAAAAAUUUGAUUGAUCGUGAGUCAUUCUUGGCUAUUUUCGUGUUUCUUGCAUUCAACUGUGCCGGUAUUGGCUCUAUGUUGGGUGUUGAUGAUUUGUUGGUAUCAUUUGCCGCAGGAACAUCGUUUGGGUGGAAUGGUGCUUUUGCCAAAAAGACCGAGGAGUCCCACGUUUCGACUGUUAUCGACUUGUUAUUGAAUUUGUCAUUUUUUGUCUAUUUUGGUGCAAUCAUACCAUGGCCUCAAUUCAAUGAUGGAACAAUCGGAUUAAAUGUUUGGAGACUAAUCAUUUUAGCAUUUGUCGUCAUUUUCUUGAGACGUGUACCUGCAGUUGUGCUUUUGAAGCCAAUAACUCCUGAUGUUAAAACUUGGAGAGAGGCGUUUUUUUGCGGCCAUUUCGGCCCAAUUGGUGUAGGUGCAAUCUUUGCAAGUAUAUUGGCAAGAAAGGAUUUGGAGAGUCACUACACAACAGAAGAAACACCACUAGCAGCUUUACCAAACGAUGAAUUUCCUCAUUAUCAGUUGCUAGCAAGCAUAUGGCCUAUUGUAUGUUUUAUUGUUGUGACGUCUAUUAUAGUCCAUGGAUCUUCCGUGGCAGUGUUGACUUUGGGAAAAAGAUUGAACAGAAUGGCUAUUACAAUGUCUUAUACGCGUACGAAUGGUGAUCAAACUGGAGGUGGUGGAUCCAACUGGAUACAAAGAUUGCAAAAACUUGAUAGAGCAGACUCGUCAUUUUCUUUGCACAGAGUGGACUCAGUAGCACGGAAUGAAAAGGAUGAAUCAAAAAAUAUAACGGACCAGGAGGAGAUGUUGCCAGAGACUAGCGGAAUCAAAGUCCGGCCUGCAGGAGGCGCCAAAAGAAGUAAGAGAAGAAAGAGAAUGAAGAAACAUAGUCUUAUUAGAAAAACGUUAUCGAGAGUCCGGAGUGGUGGCGGUGGAGAUGAUCAAGAGAAAGAAGGAGAAGAAGGACGGCGUGAGAGAUAUAGGCCUGCUACUGAGUUUUUGCAAUUGGGAGUUGGUGCCAACAAUAACGGUGUUAAGAGUACAAUAUCAACCGAACCCGAAACAUCAACUGCAGAGGUGAAGGAAUCAUCGUCGUCUAGUGCAAAUAGCGAGCAAUGCGCCGAAGAAGAAAGACUAAAGAAGGAAGAAUCAAUAAAUUAUGCGCCAUACUCAAAUGAGAAGCAAUCAGGAAAGUCUAAAUAUGGAGAGUAUACAAAAGCAGAGACGAUGCAGGUCCCAACCACUGCAUAUCAAGAUGGAGAUACUUUGAUUGUUGAAGAUCAACAUGGUGAAGUUAUAGAUGACAUAAAAAUACAAGACGAGCCAGCAAACAGUAAAAAGAUCAGACUGGAUGGAGACGGUAAAGGUGAAGAAGAAGGUGAAGAAGACGAAGAAGACGAAGAAGACGAAGAAGAUGAAGGUGAAAAUGCGGAGGAGGAGGAGCAGGAGGAGAAGGAGGAGGAGGAGGAGAGUAUUCAUUCUAUGGAGUCAUUACAGCGACAUUUAUCUCAAUAUUCAACUAGUUCCCCUACUCCAAGGGAAUUUGUACUGGAUGAUGAAACUGAUAAAAAGAAUAUACCCCUUGUCAAAAAACUUUCACGUUCCCUUUCCCGGCGCACAUAUUACAACAAGGCUGAUCCUAAGAAACGCAAGGUAUUUGCACAUCGCGUUGACAACUUGAUACUUAUUGAGAAUGAGGAUGGUGAGAUAAUCAGAAGAUACAAAGUAAACAGGCAUGCAUCAUCCGUUCCUAAAGCAAAAGCCAAUAGAUCCAGAUCAUCAACGCUUGUUGGAAAGAUGAAGUCAUUGGUAGGUAUGAAAACAGAUACAGAUUCGGCAACCGGUAGUGGUGGUGCAUCUCAAAGCGACAAUCCCAAUGAACCUUCUCCUUUUGUAAACGUGACAGACUUGGAGAAAGGUGUAAGUCAUAAUGUGCUCAUUCCACAAGGAGAGGUGAAUCUACAUAAGGAUAAAAUCGACAAAAUUGAGGACAAGAUUGCACAAGUUUUGCAGGAAAAGCAUGAGCGAGGAGGAAAACAUUCUUUAGUCAAAAAGGUGUCGCCGCCACCCCCUCUGUCUAAGACUUAUGAUCAGUUUAGUGAAGAAGAAGAGGAAGAAGAAGAAGAAAAAGAGGAAAAGGAAGAAAAAGAAGAUGGUAAUUUUGAUUCCGAGGAUGAAACUGGGGUAGAGAAAAAGCGAAGACUUCAAGCGUUGGGGCAGUUACCCAACACCAACCGUGAUGAUUCUGAUGAAGAGUAG